CCAGAGCUGCUGACAGAGUUUGGGAACAUUGGGUACAUUUGAGUGAGUCAAUCCUAGGCUCAGUUUGUGGUUAGCAUGUCUAAGACUUAAUUCUCAGGGUUCUGGGGUUUAAUAUUAGACACUCAGUCUGAAACCAUCUCUAUAGCGUGUGCCAUCAGCCCCCAAUGCCCUCAUUAACCAGCAUGGAGCCCUACACCUGCAUCCCCCCAACACACAUACACACACACAUAAUAAUAUCUAAUGUUUACAACGUAUUCUCACGCACAACAUGAACAUUGAUUGACACAUCACUGCCAUCUUGUGGCAUUGAUACGUUUUGAAAGCAAUUGUUUUUCCAGAAGCAGUGAUAGUAGAAAAAAUAAAAAAACGUUGUUCGUGGGUUACUUUAUUAGUAGCCUUACUUGUGUAGAAAAUAUAAAUAGGCCAUUUGCAGUGCCAAACAGUAGUCUAUAUGUGAUACUCAACACAAGCAGAAUGUGCUUAAUAGAAUGUGAAGGGCUACUUCACUUUUAUGUCAAAUAUUUUCUCUGAUUAUGUUGUGUUGGCCUGGCUUCAUGAAUAUGACAUGACAAUAUCCUUAACUGAGACGAUGUUGCAAAAUUGUGCCAUCAGUACACUUGUUUGUGUCGGUCCAGGACACGCACAAGAGUAGGUUAGAGGUUGCCCCUAACCACUGAUACAAAGUCAGAUGUUUUCUAAUCACCUCAGUGAUAACGUUUAGGAUUGGAGUACAAUAAUCUGAUCCUAAAUCUGAUGUUACGAGAGCCUCUACCUUGAGCCAGGCAACAACGACACUUGACGCUACCCUACCGCGGACGGGCUCGAGCCAACACCACGCGACAAGAGUAGAUGCAAGAUGGCGACCGUUUUAGUAUCAGAGGAAUAAGUGCGGUGAAGGAUAGAUAAAGCCAUGCCGUGGGAGCGCCCCGUUUCUGAGCUCGCCAUGGUGAUCUGAAGCCCCAGUGUGGACGUGUCACACCCACACCCACACUCGCCUACCCACAGACACACGGACUGAGCCCCCCAGCAAGUGUGUGCGAUGGACAGGUGUAAGCACGUGGGGCGGCUCAGGCUGGCCCCAGACCACUCCAUCCUCAACCCCCAGAAGUGGCACUGCGUGGACUGCAACACCACAGAGUCGGUGUGGGCCUGCCUGGGCUGCGCCCACGUUGCAUGCGGCCGCUACAUCGAGGAGCACGCCCUGCAGCACUUUCUGCAGCAUCGCCACCCGCUGGCCAUGGAGGUCAAUGAGCUCUAUGUCUUCUGCUACCUGUGUGACGACUACGUGCUCAACGACAACGCGACGGGAGACCUCAAGCUGCUGCGCUCCACGCUCAGCGCCAUCCAGAGCCAGCGCUACGAGGUCACCACGCGUUCAGGACGAACCUUGAGAUUAGCUAGCGCCCCGCCCGACGCCCCCCAGCCCUGUGGCUCCAGCGAACUGCAGCUGAGGGACGAGGACCGCAUGUUCACGGCGCUCUGGCACCGCCGCCGGGCGCUGAUGGGUCGAGUGUUCCACACCUGGUUCAGCAUGACGGAAGGGGGGAAGAGGAGGGAAGAGGAGGACAGGCAGAGAGAGGAGGAGGAGGAGAGGAGGAAGGAGUUGAGGGAGAGAAGGAAGACGUUGAAGAGGCAGCUACAAGAAGAGUUGGAGAGGGCUCCACCCAGGAAGAGCCACCGCCUGAGGAGAGCCAGUCAGAGAGCUGCUGCCGCCGCUGCUGUCACCCCCCGCCCCACACGAACACGCACCCCUCACACACCCCAGACCCCCCUCACCCCCCAACCAAGGACCCAGAGCCCCGCCACUCACCCUCCCAAGAGAAUGGGCCGCCCCCCUAAAACCCCCGCGCCCAAACCCGCUCGCUACUCCACCCCCUCUUCCUCCACCAAAGGCAAAACCAGAGCCUCCUCUGCCCAAGCCCGGACAGCCCCCUCCCCGGCCCCCCGCCGUGCGCCCUCCAAACAGGGCGACUCACCCCUCAAACGGCGGCCCACGGUCACCCCGGGCGUCACUGGCCUGCGUAACCUAGGCAACACGUGCUACAUGAACUCCAUCCUGCAGGUGCUGAGCCACCUUCACAUCUUCAGGGAGUGUUUCCUCCAGCUGGACCUGACACAGGCCCUGGAGCUGCUGGCCUCGGCUGUCCACGGCCAGCUGGUGGUUCCCAGCCCCGGGGGCCCAGUGUCGUCCUCCCCACUGGCCCUAAGGAGAGGCCCCCUGGCUGGCGCUGGGCUAAGCGGGGGGGCCUCCAGGGCCCGAAGCAUGGAGCUGAUCCAGCCCAAGGAGCCCAGCUCUAAGCACAUCUCCCUGUGCCACGAGCUGCACACCCUCUUCCAGGUGAUGUGGUCGGGCAAGUGGGCGCUGGUGUCGCCCUUCGCCAUGCUGCACUCGGUGUGGCAGCUGAUCCCAGCCUUCCGGGGAUACGCCCAGCAGGAUGCCCAGGAGUUCCUGUGUGAACUGCUGGACAAGGUGCAGCAUGAGCUGGAGAGCACGGGGACACACACACCGCCCGCUGGUGUGUCAACCGGACAGAGACAUCUCAUCAAGCAGGUGCUCAGCGUGGUCAACACCAUCUUCCAUGGACAGCUCCUCAGCCAGGUGACGUGUCUGGCAUGUGACCACCGCUCCAACACGGUGGAACCCUUCUGGGACCUAUCGCUGGAGUUCCCCGAGCGUUACCACAGCAACAGCCGGGAGAGCGCAGCGCAGGUGUCGUGCCAGCUGACGGAGAUGCUGGCCAAGUUCACGGAGACCGAAGCCCUGGAGGGCAACAUCUACGCCUGCGACCAGUGCAACAGUAAGCGGCGGAGGUUCUCCUCCAAACCUGUCAUCUUGACUGAAGCUCAGAAACAGCUGAUGGUUCACAAACUGCCUCAGGUCCUGCGCCUGCACCUCAAACGCUUCAGGUGGUCUGGUAGGAACCACAGGGAGAAGAUCGGGGUCCACGUCAGCUUUGACCAGCUCCUCAACAUGGAGCCAUACUGCUGCAGAGACCCCUCCCCCAAGAGCUCGCCAUGCUCCAGUCCCGCAUCCGCCGGCUCCCCGCGCCCAAAACACUUCCUGUACGAGCUGUCCGCUGUGGUGAUGCAUCAUGGGAAGGGCUUCGGCUCCGGCCACUACACUGCCUACUGCUACAACAAAGAAGGAAGGUUCUGGGUCCACUGUAAUGACUCUAAGCUGAACGUGUGUUCUGUGGAGGAGGUGUGUCGCGCCCAGGCCUAUAUACUCUUCUACACGCAGCGCUUCACUCAGGACAAAGACAGGCCGCUAUAGGACCAGGACCCACUGAGCCCCGCCCCGAACCCUCCUCUGUACCUCAGCAGCCCAGUGACAUGACAUCAUCAGCAUCACCACCAAAACAUCUCAACCCUGCCCUCUUUUAUCUCGCUCUUUAUUUGUGGGCAUUUUAUCCCCUCUGGGGGGAGAAGUUAUCAUUUGAUCAUUAUUUUUCUAAAAGAACAGACAAAGGACACACUCUUUAUUUUUUUUGCUUUGUGAAUUUCUUGUACAUGGUGUUUAUAUGGGUUUUAAAAGAAAAGGAAAAUGUGUUUGAUAGUGUAUAGGUUUAUUUUAUCAAGAGUAUCAGCCAAGGUGUGCGUUGUAUUAUAGACACGCCUUUACAGGAGAAGACAGACACAGACUUUGGCCAGGUGUGACUGUGGAAGUUUCCUCUGUCAGUAGCUCAGAUUUAUUCAGGUGUCAAUCUUUCUGCUUGUCUGUGCUCUGUGAUUUUAUUUUUCUCAAUCGAUUUGAAUCAACUAAAAUGUUUCUCACAGCCACUUUAGACAGUUGACUAAGGGAUGCCACAGUCAGUCAAAUUCUCAACUGGAAUGUAGACUGAAACCGGUCAUUCCCUCCAUAAAUAGUCUUUAGAGUUUAACCCCUUUAGUUUCGCCAGAGGCUGAAGAGGAAGCGAGACACCUCACUCGCUCCUAUUUUCUGGUUCAUAUACAGUCAAUGAACUAAGCAGACCAGACCUAGCUGCUAUUACAUUGGUGCCUAUGGGAGAGCCACCACUUAUGUGGACUGUGACAAUUUUUUAAAAUGGUAAACAGCCUGAGUGGGACAUCUUCAUUUAUCCACCGUCUUUGGUAUCGCUCUCUGUAGUAAGUCCGGUCGGUCAGGAAAUGGUUCAUGAUUGACUACUGAACUCAAGCCAAAGCACAAGUAUCUCAGCUUCUCCAAAAACAAUUACACAACAUUUGCAGGAUAUAUUCUUUGACUGGUUUUGGAUAAUCUAUUUUGUAACCAGUUUCCAAAGGGAUGUUUGUUUUUAUCUAAAUGCUGCCCUCUGUCUUCAUAAUGUAAAUGUCUUUCCUUGUGCUGGUGUUUUUAGGCCUUUUGCCUCCUAACUUUUGAUUGGUAUCUCUACAGUCACAAGUGUCAUAGAAAAGUGCCCUUCAUAUCAGAACAUAUCUAUUUUUGUAUUUCCUUUGCCAGAAGUGAAUUUGGUAUCAGUUCUUUGUAGCACUGUAAAAUGCAGUCCCACGCAGGCCAGCAUUUAGAAUAUUGAAUGUAUUUUUGUAUACUCGGACAUGGAGGGUUUUUCACGUUUUUUUAUUUUUAUAAACACGGCCACUGAUUUAAGAUUUUUUUUAUAGUUUUGUAAUUGAUCCCUUCCCCCUCUAGUUGUUUGGAAUCACCAGCAGGUUAGACAGUGUUGUCUUUAAAGAUAUCUGACCCGUCUCUCCUGUGUGUUUGUAUACCAGCACUUGUUCACACAAUAUAGUUGGCUCUGUAUUCUUGUGUAAAAUAGCCAGACUGAUGCAAGUAGAUCCUUGCUGUGUGUUCGGCGAAACUGAGUGCGAAAGAAAGAUAUCUCCAUGCUGGUACUAGCUAAACUGCUCUCAACCUAAAUGCUGUUAAUCUCUAGAUUCACCUUUUGGGGAGAAUUCAAAGCACGUUUCCACUUCAUCCUUUUUUCUGUCCGAUAUGUUUGUUGGCAUUGUGCUCAUACUGCCUCAGGUGUGUGUACAGUUAUGGAAGUGAUACUAUGCAAAUUCUUACCUCAAUUUCUAGAGAAAUUUACCUCAUGAGAAUAUAUUUUCAUUUUUCUAAAAAAAACA